UCUGGGGCUCGGGUUCGACUCUGUGGUGACUGUCGAGCCGCGCAUUUGUACGACUUUGUCCGGUGUCAGAGGCAGACGCACCGGUGCGGUUUCACAGCUCUCCCCGGGGGAAGUUUGCAAGCAGGAGCUUAAGAGUUUCCGGAUCUGAAACUUUUUUUUUUUUACACAUCAGAAGACAAUUUGCACGAACGAAAACAUAAAAAAAUGGCAGACAGCGAGGAGCAGCAAGUGUCUUCCACCACCCCCAUGUUCAACGAGGAGGUCCACCACUACCAGGCCGAGCCGGACCCCGAGCCCAAGCAGGACCUCUUCAGCGUGGAUGACAUUGUAGACUUGGUCGGCGGGGCUCAGGACGCCCUGGAGCGGCACAUAGCUGAAGAUAGUGCGCCACACGAGUCAACAGAAACUUCCUUCAUUCCCCCGGAGGAGCUCGUCACGUUACCGGAGCCCGAACACACACCGGUGCCAGAGGUGAGGGAACCCGAACCGGAGCCCGAAAUCCCAGACUCCACCACGUCAUCUCCUUUUGUUCCCGAGCCUGAGCCCCAAGUCGUCGCACCCAAAGCCGAACCGGAGAGCACAAAGAUCGCACCGGCUGCCCCCGAGCCAGAACCUGCCCCCGAGAGUGACGCCCUCCCAGCGGCUGAACCCCGGACAGCAGCCCCAGCCCCCGCAGAGGUAGCAGAGCAACCUGCGGUGACAGAGGAACCUCCGGCUCCAGCAGCAUGUCUUCUUCAUCGCUGGAAGAUAAACCUCGACAGUAGAGAUGUACCUUCUCCUUCUAAAGCUCAGCCUCAUCCUCUGAUGCAAUUCCCUACAGAGCACUGGGAUUCACCAUACCUAGCAUCUCAAGACAACUCCAAGGUCUCCAUGGAUUCCUUCUCCAAGGACACAGCCCCAAUUAGCUCCUCCAGGUAUGAGCAGGACCUGCACGGCAGCCAGUCCGAUGAAGAUGAUGACUUGAUGUACGAAGUGAAGAAGAAUAAUAAUCCAUUUGAAGGCUUUUCACCACUGGCGGACAGCGGCUACUCCCAUUUUGGAGACUCCAAGUCUGACAGCAGGGCGUCCAAAAUGUCAGAGAGUCCGACUCCUGAUCUGGUUCAGUACGGGCAGACUGGAGAGUCCCAGGAUGGCCCACCAUCUUUCUUGGAUGAGGGGAAGACCUUUGAGACCGGCAAGAUGGCCACUGACUCACUCAUGCAGUCGAUGAAUCAGUUCUCAUCUGGUCUUAAAGACGAUGAUGAAGAGGAAGAGGAGGAUUCUGCCCUGCCGCCGUCGCUUCCAGACAUCCUGAAGUCCUCCCCUCUCAACCCUGACAAAGUGGACUCAGGCUCCUCUGAGGGGAGUCCGGAGGAGCAGAGCCCCAUCCUUGAACGGAGAAUGAUGGAGUCACCGAACCCUCCGAUCAACCUGUCAGCUAACAACCCGUUUGCUUUUGAUGCUAAAGUGUCCCUGCUGAAGGAAAUGGCUGAGGAGAUGGAGGAGAGAGCAGCCGACAAGGCCAAAGUCGAAGACGACAAAACCUUUGGCGCCUUCGAUCUUGUCAAAGAGGCUGAGGAAACUACCCCGACUAAGGUCAAAGAAGAGGAACCUGUGAAGAUUGAGCAGAAAGAUUGGUUCUCAAGCCACGAUUCUCCCAAAAUGACCGAAAAGUUUGAGCCCCUUGACUUCCAGAGCAAAAAGGCCCCUGCUGAGGAUUCGGAUUCUGAAUCUCCGACAGCAGAUUCCUUGUCUCCAGUCCUGGAAGCCAUGGCCAAGAACCCAGCCAGCUUCCAGGUGGAAACGGAGAAGAAGGACCUGAAGAUGGAAGUAGAGGAACCAGAAGUAGCUGAGGAGGUCUCUGAGCAUGAAGUCUCUUCUGAGGAGUUCGAGUUCAUUGAGAGACCACCUAGGGGUGUUAUUGAUGAGUUUCUGGAAGCUCUGGAUACUUCCAAGUUUGCCUCCUCCAAACCUCCGGAGAUCCCCAUGGAUGAUGAUCUCAGCUUUGGGCAGAAAGAUGUCACUCCAGUUGCUGCCGCACCCCCAUCAAAGAUUGCUGCACCUCCAGAGGUGGAAGAAGAUGAACCAAGCCAGAGCUCAUACCGCAUCCUCACCCAGGCCUCCCCUCAGAAGAGCAAGGCCGAGCUGGAGAAGCUGGACAUCCAGCAACCUCCACCCCAAGUUCCUGUCACCCAUUCCCCUGUCCGCAAACCAGAGGAGCCGGUCGCUAAGAAGAGCUUGGGCGGCAGACUGUUCAAGAUGCCAAACCUGAACAUAACAGCAGUGGUGGAUCUCCUCUACUGGCGUGAUGUGAAGACCACCGGUGUGGUGUUUGGCGCCGCCCUGCUGCUGCUGCUCUCCCUGACGGUGUGCAGCAUCGUCAGCGUCUGCUCCUACAUCGGCCUGGCUCUGCUCUCAGUCACCAUCUGCUUCAGGAUAUACAAAGGCAUCCUGCAGGCCAUCCAGAAGUCCGAUGAGGGACACCCAUUCAAGCAGUACCUGGACCAGGAGGUGGCGCUGUCCGAGGACAUGGUCCACAAGUACAGUGACAUGGUUCUGGCCAAACUCAACAAGACCAUCAGUGAAUUAAGACGCCUGUUCCUGGUUGAAGACCUGGUGGACUCCAUCAAGUUUGCUGUGUUGAUGUGGAUCCUGACCUACGUCGGUGCCUUGUUCAACGGCCUCACUAUCCUUAUUCUGGCUCUGGUCGGAGUGUUCAGCUGCCCGAUCAUUUACGAGAAGCACCAGGCUCAGAUCGAUCAUUACUUGGCUCUGGUCAACAACCAGAUCAAAGACGUUGUUGGAAAGAUCCAGGCGAAGGUUCCCGGCAUGAAACGUAAAGCAGAGUGAAGCUACAGGAAGUGGGAUUGAGGAGGUCCAGAUGUUGGAUGUUGUGGGGGAGUCUGGGUGAGGGAGGGGGGAGGCGGUGAAGGAAGGCUGGGGGAGGCGGAGGAGAGGAGGGGUCUGGUGUGGACGCAGCCCUCCUGACUGUAUCUGUCAAAAUAAUAAAAACACUUUUUCUUUCCAGUUCAGAAUUCCUUUUAUGUUCUUCUUUUUGUGUGUUUCCUGGAAGCAGCUUCGUUCGGUGACGUUUCUCCUCCUUUUUAUCGCCGAGCUUUGAAAUGUGUGUUUCCGUGAGGCGUCGGAGAAACUCAUUUUGACCUCGCAUGACCCCUUCCUCUCCCCGCCCCAGUGCAUUGUGGGAGGUCAGAGCUCCUCCAGCCGGGUCCGGGUGGGUUUUUCUGUCCUCGUUUUUGGUUUUUAUCUCUUUCUUUCUUGGCUGUUUUUAAGAAAUCGAGCAGCAAACAGCAACUUGUUUGUUUUUUUUGGUAUGAAUAUUCGCUGAGUUUAGAGGUAUUUUGUGAUUUUACUGUCGUGUCCCUGAAGCUGGUUUUUGGCCUCGAUGUGACGAACGACGAAUUUUGCGAACGACGUCUUUGACUCCUGAUGAGGCUUCGGGGGGGGAGGGUUGAUACUACCAUUUAAAAAAAUCAUCGCUUCUGAGUAACUCUUAGCUAGAAAAACAUCUAGAAAAACCUUUGCCAGACAAAUAAACCACAUUAAUUACAUUAAAAGUCGUUAUUUUCAUGUCAUCGCCGCUGUCUAGUAGUUAAAAACUCUGGAAGGAAACACGUUUACGUUCAUCCACAUCAGAAAAAAAACAAAAACACUAAAAAAAAAAUAGAAACAUGAAACAGGAUUUAAAGAAAAAAAAUAACCAUACUGUCUGUGGAGCUGAUAUCUUAAUAAAGUUGCAACUUGAUGUGACUUUGGGAAAUCUUCAAGCAUUUGUUUGUUAUGCAAGUAUAAUUGUGAAUGAUAAACUUCAUACUUCAAUUGUGACGAUAAAAAGCUUCCAGCUGGGAGCCGUGUUUGUGGAAUGCAUUGUGAGAUGUAAACAAUUAUCAAUAAAGCUUCUAGACGAAGUAAA